GGCAAACGCGAAUGCAAACGCAAUCGCCAAUCGCUAGUGUGAUUCGGGCAUUAAGGGUCACUUGCACCAAACUCUGAUUAAUCGUUGAUUGAUUAGUCCAUUGGAAUAAAUUUUUGUCAUCUUUCAUUAUCUUUUCUUAUUAUACCAGACAAAUAAUGUAGUUUGCUAUUAUAUGCUCGUUCAGUGGAAAAAAGAGGACACCCAUCUUGACGUCAUGAAUCAGCUGACGACAUAUCGGUGUGAGUGCUUCAUUGAUGUGUGCGCGAGAUGCGUGCGGGAGAUUGCGGGAGAUUGACAUGACAGACAGCAUGAAAGGGACACAUUGCGAAAGAAGAUAAAAGACUAAGGAAAACAAAGGAAUAAAAUGCAUCCGUACUGGAUUUUCUACCACAGGAGAAACACGAGAAAGUAUAUACACUCCCACACUACAGUCGAGUUUUCUUCGUUCGUUUAACAAUCGUCAGACGAAUUAAAAGAUAACUAACAAUUGUUAUUCUACAGUCCCGACUAACAAUACGGUUUGUCAUGGGUGAGCGAAACGUCAGAAUGUUGUAUUUGCCUUCUCCCCUCGCCCCGCUUUUUUUCCAGCGGUCUUGCGUCCCCGUAGAACUUUUGAAAUGUUUAUUAAUACAGAUGUAGCGUGCAGCGUAAAGUUAUUUCGGGCUCGCGUCCGCUGCCUGACCUCAAAAACAUGCACAUCGCAAUUGCCGCCAAUCUCGAUGUCGACGAUCACCCCGUCGUCGGCGCGUCUCUUCUUGGGGUAUCUGCUUCUAAUUCUUUAUGUUUCAAUUAAACAUGGACCCAGAUCCCAUAGAGAUGGCGAACGAGGUCAAGAACAAGGUCAUCCUGCACUGGAAUUGCCGCGGUCUCGUGGAGUUUCCGGAAGUGAUACGGCUGCAUGGUGGUCAUAUCCAGGAAAUCUAUCUCAAAUGGAACCGGCUGACGACUCUGCCACCCUGGAUCACGGAGCUGUUCAACGUGACCAAUCUGUACAUGUAUGGCAAUCGAAUUGAACAGCUGCCAGCAGAGCUCGGUGGGAUGAGUCAGCUGACGGUGCUGGACUUGAGUGCCAACCGAUUGCAGCUGGUGCCCACCUGCAUCGGCAAUCUGAGUAAUCUGAGAUCUCUGUUUUUGGGCGACAACUUCAUAGAGAGAUUACCAAUAGACUUGAGCCGACUGAAUAAUCUGGAAAUACUAUCUGUCUCGGGUAACCAGAUCAUCGCGUUGCCAGAAUGGAUUGGCUCUCUCCCAAGACUUAGAGAGUUAUAUGUGGAUAACAAUCGGCUGAGGGAACUGCCUAACAGAUUGACCGUCGCUCCUGAGCUUACCAUGAUCUCUGUGUGCUCAAACAGGUUGAGAUAUCUGCCGUUGAAUGGAUUUCUAUCGGCUCCCUGUAUUCGAUUUGACGCGAACGAAUACUUGAAUUACAUAUCAUAUCCGCUUUUGUUUCAAUUACUCUCGCAGCUACACACGUCGGUCGUUCACGACAGGGACUGUUUGGCAUUCGGAUGUUUCAAGACGCAUUAUGACACAAACGUGCUAAACACAAAUAUAAAAUUGUACAUAAAGACGAGGGGAUUGUACGAAACGGACGCCGAUAUUAUAAUUGAAUUGCCGCGGCAGCUGUUGAAGAUUCACGAGAUUCACGAGAAUGUGACUUGUUCCCUGUGGGAAUUGGCGUUGAGAAAAGUCUAUACCGAGAGGUAUAAGCACACGCUCGAUAUUUCCGUUUCUCCCGCGAACGUAAUGAUAUUCUACGAGCCGCUUCUUAAAAAUACUAAAUCGGACUUCACGUCGUCCACGAGUUGCACUCUGUACAAUUUAUUAACGAACGGACCCACUAGCAUCUGCGUAAACCCGCAAUGUCAGCAACCAAUAUUCACAGAAGCAUGGAUCAUUAUCGGUAUCAGCCGCCACGCGGAAUCCCUGAUAACGAUCGCUCUAUGUUGCUGCCGAAGUUGCGCCACCGCAUUUUCUGCACAUUCGAAUACAACUGUCAGCCUUCAUUGGCACUCCAUCGAUUGACGAAUCCUCCUCAUUAGAUAUCUAAUUUAACCCAUAUCUGUAUAUAAAAGAUAUUAGAAUAAAGAAUUCUUGUUAAA